AGUCGGUGGAGGAGGCUUUGGCGGCUGCGGGCGACAUGGACAACGCAGGGAAGGAGCGAGAAGCGGUCCAGCUGAUGGCGGAGGCCGAGAAACGAGUGAAGGCCUCCCACUCCUUCCUCCGAGGACUGUUCGGAGGAAACACGAGAAUAGAAGAAGCAUGUGAAAUGUAUACCAGAGCCGCAAAUAUGUUCAAGAUGGCCAAGAAUUGGAGUGCUGCAGGAAAUGCGUUUUGUCAAGCCGCCAAGCUCCACAUGCAGCUUCAGAGCAAGCAUGACUCUGCCACGAGCUUUGUCGAUGCUGGAAAUGCUUACAAGAAGGCAGACCCCCAAGAGGCUAUCAACUGCUUAAAUGCAGCCAUCGACAUUUACACAGACAUGGGAAGGUUUACAAUCGCAGCCAAGCACCACAUCACGAUUGCAGAGAUCUAUGAGACUGAGCUUGUGGACAUUGAGAAGGCUAUUGCACAUUAUGAACAAUCUGCCGAUUAUUACAAAGGAGAAGAGUCUAACAGCUCUGCUAACAAGUGUCUGCUGAAGGUGGCAGCCUAUGCUGCACAGCUGGAGCAGUAUCAGAAAGCCAUCGAGAUCUACGAGCAGGUAGGAGCAAACACUAUGGAUAACCCCUUGUUGAAGUACAGUGCAAAGGAUUACUUCUUCAAGGCAGCACUCUGUCACUUUAUAGUGGAUGAGCUGAAUGCCAAGCUGGCUCUUGAGAAGUACGAGGAAAUGUUCCCAGCAUUUACUGACUCCAGAGAAUGUAAAUUAUUGAAAAAACUUCUAGAAGCUCAUGAAGAACAGAACAGUGAAGCUUACACUGAAGCCGUGAAGGAGUUUGACUCAAUAUCACGCUUGGAUCAGUGGCUGACCACCAUGUUGCUUCGAAUCAAGAAGUCCAUCCAAGGGGAUGGAGAAGGAGAUGGAGACCUCAAGUGAAGUGCUGACAUCUUUGUGGCAUGCAGCUCAUUCCUUUUUAGUUUUGUCUUCAAGCAAGGCAGUCUUUCCAGGAUGCCCAUUUAAUGACUUAUUUUGUUGUAAAUAAGCCACACAAUUUAUGUAUUGUUUCAGCUCACCAUGUCUGUGUUACUGUGAGAAUGGGAGGCUUGUAUUCAGUUGGUGGUUAAGACAACCAAAGUAUAUAAUGCUUAUCAGAAUCCUCAUAGUUUUCUGAGAUGUACUGCCGAAUCUUAUUCCUGUUCUUCUGAUAUUUUCAGGGCCCACGUUCAAUGUUGCCAUGUGCUUUUCUUUUUUCCUAAACUCUGGUACUUGACCCAGUUUUAUAGAUGCUUUGCAAAGACGUUGUGUAUUGGUAUUGGAUGGACCCUUUAUACAAGUGGCUUAGUUUAGGAUGGUUAUUAGGAAUAAGUUGGUAGUUGAGUAGAAACUGUCUAGCUUUCUUUUAUAGUUAUUUUGAUGGUGCUAGUGAAGAAUACAUUUGCUUUUUAUUUUGCCCCAUAUGCUCACACAUACAUGGCAAACACUGAGAAUAGCUGGGAUCUGUUGGCAUCAUUUGCAUUAUAAGGGGAAGGAACUUGCUGGCAGGUCGUGUGGUCCUAUUUCUUGUAUGGAUGAAUGUCGGGGUGGAUUUCAUUGAUAUUUUUAACUUACACACAAAACCUAUGAGAAAUGGAGUUUUCCCCUUCUCAAGAGUUUCCACUUUUAGUCGUAAUGGAAAUCCCUUCUUCAUAUUUGCAUAAAAAUAUUAUAAUUGGCAUUUCCUUUGUUCUCCCAUUUAUACACUCCUCACAUUGUCUUCUGGACCAUGGGCAUGCCAAGCUUGAGCAGAGCUGGAUAGAAGAUUCCAGCUGAAGCUUGAGAAUAUGUGUGGUUAAGUGUCCAUUUGUUGGACAUGGUGGUUAAGUGGGGGUCAGUGUGGCAUAAGAAUUUAUGUUAUAUCUGGUUGAAUAAGAACCUAACCUGUGUCUGAUGGUCCCUGGUUUAUUUCUUAACUGGUGGUGUGAUUUCACUUGUGUGUAUGCACUCUGUUGUCCCAUUUGAUUUAUAUAAGAUGUAUGCUCUGUUAUUUCAGAUUCUGACACCCCCUGCUUAUAUGCUGAUACAGUACUGUAGACAUGGCCUUGCUUCCUGAGUCUCUUGUGCAUAUUUGUAUGCUGAGAUGAUUUGUGCUUGAAGAGCAUGUGUUACUAGAAAUACUUCAUAGUCCUAAUGUGCUGCUGUCAUGUGACAGACAAUGAAACUCCUGAUUAAUCAGGUAUGAAAUGGCACUGGAAUGGUGUUUUCAUCUUUGGAUGGCCCUAGAGUAGGGUCGGUGGUUCUUCCUGUGCCAGGCCCAGGGCUCAAAGAGGAGAGUUUGGGGACAGAUAAGCAAGUCAGGUCUUUCAGAAGAGAAAGGAAGUAGCAGGAUGGGGCUAGAGACAUGGUUCCUGCUCUUCCAGGGGGCCCAAGUUUGAUGCCCAGCACCCUUGUUGGGUGGCUCAAAACCACCUGUAGCUCCAGUUCCCCCAGGAGUUCUGGUACCUUCUUCUGCCCUCAAUAAGCACAUGCAUACAGAUACACACAUACAGGUGAAUGAAUAUAUACAUACAUGUAGGCAAAACACUCAUAUGUAAAAUCAUAAAUCAAUCUUUUAAAUAUUAAAGAAAAAAUUAGGAGAUGAAGUUGAAAUUGGUCCCAUGAGGACGGGUGGUCGGUGUCUGUCAGGCAUUGUGAAGACUCCAUAGCCCUGCCAUGGUAGUCAUGGUGUGUGCAGGAAGCUCAAAGACCUCUGUAUGUCGGGAAAAGAAAGAAUGUGCCCUAGAAUCUGAUGAGGAUUCCUUUUCCCCUCAAUGCUUUUUGGGGUUUCUGAAUGAAAGCUGGCUGUACCAAAGGUACCAUUUGCACUCAAGCCUCGUGGAUCCUUUUUGACUCCAUUAGAAUCUCUUAUGAAAAGACAGAAAAGUGAGUGACUGAGGCUGGAGAGACACCUUGUCUACUCUUCCAGUGGACCCGUGUUUAAGUCCCAGCAACCAUAUGGGGACUCACAGCUGUCUGUAAACUCCAGUCCUAAGGGAUCGAUCAUCCUCUUCUCGCCUCCACAGGCACCAGGCAUGCAUGUGGUGCACAAACAUACAUGUAGACAAAACACACAUACACUUAAAAAUAAGUUUUUUUAAAACUCUGGAUUAUAGAAAAGUGAGUUAUUGCUUUAUUCACAACCAACUACAGGCAGCCUUCCUUGGAAGUGAGGUGUGUACAUGGCUCUAAGUCAGUU